UGCUUCGAUCGGACGAUCUGAUUUUCUUUAAUUAACACGUCGAAUGAGUUAAGAUGAUAGAUCGUUGGUGCGGUGUGCAUCGAUGUGCUUAAAUACAUCGAACGAAACAGUGGUGGCAAUUAGAGUGCUUCUGUCCGCGAAAGGGUAAGCCAACAAUAUUCUCUCGCCGAGCUGAGACGAAUUGAACGCGCAUUUUCCAAAGCAAUUCAGAGAUAUAUUCCGGUGAUUUUCUCAAUUGUAUUCAUUCAAGUCAAACGGUUAAUCAAUUCUUACCUUGUCGCGGCGAUUUUACGUGUCGAUGAUAAUUAACGAGAAUUGCGAUUCAGAUCGAAGAAUAAUACUCAUUGUGUGUCCGAGCAGAGCCACCAUGUGGAAGGCAAUACUGCUGUGUGCGUUUGUGGGCCUGGCGACCGCCCAGAAGGCCACCUUUAACAACUACAAGGUCUUUAGGAUCAUGCCAAUCACGGGAAAGCAGGUGGAAUUGUUGCGCCAGCUCGAAGAGAUUCCCGAUGGGUUCUCCUUCUGGCAGUCGCCGAGCUACGUGGGGAGAGCUGCGGAUCUUAUGGUAGCUCCGCACAAACUGCCAGAGUUUCACGAAAUAAUGAAGCAAGUCAACGUGCCUUACAACGUUCACAUCGAGGACGUGCAGAAGCUGAUCGACUCGUCGACGCCUCAGAUCCGAACGAGUUCCUUCGACUUCACCAGCUACCACACCCUCGACGAGAUCUACAAGAACCUGGACGACCUGGCCAAACAAUACCCCGACAAGGUGCAGGUCAUAGUGGGCGGUGAGACGUACGAAAAACGGCAGAUCAAAGGCGUAAAAGUGUCCUUCAAGUCGAACAACCCCGGUGUGUUUAUCGAGGGUGGCAUUCACGCCAGGGAGUGGAUCACGCCAGCCGUCGUUAUGUACAUGACGCAUCAAAUCUUGACCAGCAAAGACGCGGAUGUCAGAGACAUGGCCGAGAGCUACGACUGGUAUAUCUUCCCCUCGUUCAACCCGGACGGAUACGUGUACACGCACACCACGGAUCGGUUGUGGAGGAAGACCCGUAAACCAUACGGUAUCUGUAGAGGCACCGACCCGAACAGAAACUGGGACUACAAGUGGAACACCGGAGGCUCCAGUAGUUUCCCGUGUGCUGAAACAUAUGCCGGGAGCGCGCCGUUCUCCGACGUUGAGACGAAGAGUAUGUCUGAGUACAUGAAAUCGAUCAAUGACAAAUUCUUCGCGUAUAUCUCGUUCCACAGUUAUUCGCAGCUUCUGAUGUUCCCUUACGGUCACACGAAGGCACAUCUUGACAACUAUGACGAAUUGUACGCCAUCGGCAAAAAAUCGAUCGAAGCUCUUAAGAAGAGGUACGGCACUGAAUAUAUAACCGGAAAUAUCGCCGAGACGAUCUACGUAGCCACUGGAAGUACCAUAGAUUAUGUCAAGGGCACGUAUGGGAAACCCCUUGCCUACACCUACGAAUUACGCGAUAAAGGCAGACACGGCUUCUUACUGCCGCCCGACCAGAUCAUCCCGACUGGAGAGGAAACUCUAGAUUCCGUCGUGGCCAUGUUGAAGGAGGCGAAAGCACGCGGUCUUCCUAACAAAGUUUAAGGCUCGCGAUUUAUUAAUCAUAAAAUGUAAAUAACAGGCGUCACGUGUCGCACGUUGCAAGAGAAAGUGACGCAACUCUUUUGUUUCGUACUAAUGUCCUGAGAAGAUGCACAAGAUUACACUUCGUAACCAGAAAUAAGGACGUUUGCAUGUUCGAUAUUUAAGGAGAAUGCUGGAGAAGCGAGAAGAAGCAAGAAGGGAAACAAAGUGUCGUCUUAAUCGGCUAUAAUUACAUUUUUCAAGUUAUGCUGUUUUCCCAUGUUAC